GUGCCGCGCUGCAGCCUGGGACCGCCGUGGCCGCCGCCGCAGCAGUCUGCGCGGCUCCUCCCGCUCCGCCAUCCCGUCGGGUGAAGGCCAUGGACGUCAACCAGCCCAAGCAGGAGCAUUUGCUGGCUCUGAAAGGUCCUGUUUUCCACUGAUCUUUGCAUCAUGGGGCAAGGAAAUUCUUGUAAUUAAGAUAUUUCAGUCUAGAUACAAGAAUCCUUAUCAAGAGACUGUUUUCCUAAGAACCACUGGAUUCCUACUGUUCAAGCAUGGAAGUGGUCUUGCACUAUCGACCACAUCAGAGAGACCUAAUAAAACUGCAGAAAUUCGCAGAAGCAGCAGUGAAGGAGUUUCCCAUUCGCCAGUUACCAAGAUUUGCACCCUGGUUUCCAAAUGAUUUAAACAGACUUCCCCUCAAACCAAAAAAGCAGGCACCUGUUAUUUCUUGUGAGGAAAUGGAAGAAAUGAAACAGCUUUCUGCACCUUCAGAAUAUGUUACAGGAUCUCCUGAUUAUGACUGCACAAAAAAUCUCCUUGAGUUUCACUCUAGCAUGGAACAUGGUCCGACUUUAAUUCAAGCACAGACUGUUCACCAACCAAUUAACCUGGACUGUCAAGGAGAACCACUGCCUAAUGGAAAACAAAAAUUGAAAAGGUCUUGGAGUGUCUCUCUCCCUAGCGCUAAACUCAAGGAAAAGAUUCAACCUUUAUCUCAAGAACUGCAGAAUAAUUUGGAAAGACUAAAGCUGCAUGCAUUUUGUAGAGCAAAGUGGACAAUUGAACAGUCUGUUUGUAAAAACCAGAAUUUGGAGGAUAUAUGGAUAAAAUUGAAUAGACUCAUUAAACAGAAUGAAUUGCCAUCUUGCAAUGCUACUAUCCAAAGAUCUGUGGGACAGAUAUGGAUUUUCUGUGAUAUUUUAUACUGUGAAUAUGUUAGAAAUAUUCUUAGGGAAAAGCUAAGUCUUACAGAUAAAAUGAAUUUGCUUGUACAUAAAUAUGGAAUUAUAUGUAGUUUGUAACUGGAGAUGUAGUUUAACAAUAAAAUUAUUUUGGAAUUGUUGGAAAUACUAGAGUUUUUAAGCAGUUUAGAAUAUAUAGACCUUAGAACAACUGAUAAAUUAACAACAAUAAAGCUACUUACAUUACUUUGCUACAGUUUCCUAAUUAUAAUGAUAUAUUUGUUUAACUUUGUUUUGCCUCAAGACUUACAGUUCUGUUAAGAUUAGUAAGUUUCUCUUUGACUUAGUAUUGCAUUUUAUAGCUCUUCUCUACCUUGGUGGUCUAAGGAAAAAAAAUAAAGUAAAAAUUCCAGACUAUUGUGGCAAGCUAUGUCAGAUAAUAAAAUUAAUGCUUUCAAUUAAGCAAAGCACAUCCUUUCUGCUUGAUUGGAAUUACGAGAAGGAAAGAUGUUUUUAAAUGAGUUGUAAUAAUUGCUGUAAUAGCUCUAACUGACAUUAAGAUUCUCAAGAGCUGAUUAUUUCCUGAAAGCAGUUGUGAGUUUUUUUAAUUAAGGCAUAUCCUUUCCAUGAAGUACAAGCUUACUUUAUGUGGGAUAUAUGCACUGUCUUAAUAACGUUAGCUAUAUUUUCACAGAAAUAUUAAUGAUACUUCAGUGGAAGCUGUGGGCUGAAAAGUAAUGAACAUUUUAAUAAAUUCUAUUUUAUGCCUUUGAUAAUUAUUUUUUCUUGAUGUUUCUGUUCUUUUGUAUCUAAUUAUAUUUGGGAACAAGAAAGCACUAGCUUUCAGCUAAAAGUGAGGAAACUAAGAAAUAAAACUUCUAUAUGAAACCUCUUGUUCAUUGUCUUUGAGGAUUUGAAUGCCUUUUAUGGUCAAAAAAGGCUGAGUUUAGCAUGACUUUUUGUCUCUUGAAAGAAUGAAGUAUUCCAAGGUCAUGCUGUCCCUGCUCAUUUGAAACUUGGGAGGGUCAGUAGAGAAAUUAAACUGGGGUCAGUAUGACUGCAAGGUUAUGCAUUUGCACUCCUGCUAAUUCUAGAAAGUUUUUCUGUGGCUGGAGGUCAGGGUCUGUAGCAUUUGGAAAAGGGGGAAAACAAAUGUUUAGUAUUUGUAGAUUGUUAGAUUGUCUUUAAUGCUGCUCACACCAAAGUGUACAUAAGCAUAACAGAAUCCCUCUGUAAAAGGAAAGUAAAUUCCCCUUAGACUUACAUUUUUAUGACAUUCUUGUGUUGAAUAAUUACAUUUUAUUAUAGGCAUUACUUUUUUUUUUAAAUUAAAAUUGCUCAAUUUGAGUGAUUGACAUGUAUUUUUAAACUUUGACUGAAUUUUUAGACAUUUGUAGAUGUCUGAUAUUGAUAUUUGGGGUGUUUGUGACAUUUAAUAUCACCACUUAGCAAAAUUGAUGCAAAAUGCUGUCUAGACUGCAUUAUAACUUCAUUGUAACUGAGGGUUGCUAUUAGUUUUAGAGAUUAUAUAGCCAAAAUUGUCUCUGACAUUGUAUUUCUGAUCUUAACAGUAAGAGUAGCAAAAUUUCUUUGUGCAUUUUUGAAGAGAAAAUGAAGUAAAAUGCAGUGUGGUUUGAGUUCUGUUUAAUGUAUUUUGUGUCUGGGAUCUUAGAAGAAGUGAUAUAUUUUCUACCCUUAAUUUAGUCAUCCUAAUAAAUAUGAUAAUAUACCUAUCAUAGGUAUAUUAUCAUUUGUUUUGGCUUCACUCUGUGAUGUAUUAAUUAUUUUCUGAAAACAAGACUGAACUUUUUCUUUAGAAACUGUCAGCAAAUACUAGUUAUACAGUCUUAGUGUGAAUUUGAAUAAAAUUAGAUAAUGCCAAUAA